UUAAGCUUUAACUUCUCCUCAUCCUCUGCUUCAACUUCCAUUCAUUUUCCUCUCUUCUGCUUCUGAGCUCAGAUCUCUCCAACAAACUCCAGACUCGCUCCUCCAAGUUCGAGUUCACUCGCGUAAUCGCUUCAAGUGGAGAAAUUGAUCGUUGGUUAAGUGGAUAGAGCCAUGACUACGGAGCUUUUCGAAAUUCAGCCAGGCGAACUUAAAUUCACUUUCGAGUUGAAGAAGCAAAGUUCAUGCUUGAUACAUCUUAUCAAUAAGUCUGAGCAAUUUAUUGCUUUCAAGGUAAAAACUACAUCUCCUAAGAAGUACUGUGUGCGACCCAAUACUGGCAUCAUUAAGCCCAAAGAUACAUGUGACUUCACAGUCACCAUGCUUGCUCAGCGUACAGCCCCACCUGAUGUGCAAUGCAAGGACAAAUUCCUGGUACAAGGCACAGUCAUCCCCCCCGGAACAUCUGAAGAGGAUAUCACAUCUGACGUGUUUGCGAAAGAUAGCAGCAAGCACAUUGAAGAGAAGAAGCUGAAGGUUUCUCUAGUAAGCGCAACACCGCCUCCGGUUUUGUUACCAAUUAAUGGAGAGUUGAAACAAGAUUCAAGUCAUGAAAUCUCCAUGCCAAAAGAUAGAAUGCAGAAUGGAGUUGAAAACAUACCUCCUCAUAAGGUUGCAGAAGAUGCCAAUGGACUUGAUACCUGUGAACACAUAGAUGAACUUAGACCAGUUGAUACCGCUGUACAGUUAUCUCCACCUUAUAAGGUUGCUGAGGGAGUUGACAAAGUUGAUGCUUGUAGAGAUUCAGAUGAGAAUAGAGCAGCCGAGGAUGUUGCAAUGAAACAAAAUGAGGGUGUGGUGGCCGAACCAAUUGACAAUAUUGAAACAACACCAUACGGGGAAACUGAGGAAUUGAAACCAGUGAAGGAUGUGCCAGAGUUGAACUUAACUAAGGACUUUGAAGAACUGAAAUCAAAGCUAACUAUCAUGGAUGCAGAACUACUAGAGGCUGAAGCUACCAUAAUGAGGUUGAAACAGGAGAGGAUGGUAACCACUCAAGAAAGGGGAAUGCUUAAGCGUGACUUGGAGACACUCAGAAAAACUGGCCAAAGAAGUAUCCAAGUAGGCUUCCCCUUGAUGUAUGUUGUGAUGGUUGCUUUCAUCAGUCUUGUUGUUGGAUACUUUAUCCAUCCCUAGCAGAAGCAGAACAAAGCAGUGGGGCUCCAUCAGGUACUGUUUAAUAUCUGUUCUUUUUAGACUUUGGACUUGGCUGCUGUCUUUGAUCAUUUAGGGUAGAAUUUUUAUUGUUGUAUAUGACUUGGUGUGUGCUUCUCUAUAAUCACGUGUAAAGCAUUUUUUUAGAAUCUACGUAGGAAUAACGAUAGGGAGGAGUCUAUAAGAGCUAUGGAUACGAAUGUCUAACCAGUUGAUCUGCUCGGGUCGACAUGUACAAAGAUAUUGAUUCUUUCUUAUUUCUUCC